AUGACUUGUAUGCUGAUUUCAAUUUCCUCAUGUCACACUAUUACCAUGAUCAAAGAAAAAUGUCAAGUCAAGGGCUCUUCCUUUUAGGUUUAGUAGUCUAAAUUAGCAGUUCAGUUAGCAGUUUAACAUCUUUAUACCUAUUAUUUUGUUCACCGCCUGUCUGUUGCAGUAGUUCUAGCAGGUUGACUUGCCUUGGACUGACUGGACUUCUUGGAAGAUGGACAAUAGCAAAUCUUCUCGAGAACUCACUAUGAACUAAUUGAUCCAGACAGUAGGCAUGUAUUCCUAAUCCCAUGUGUCAUGUGAUCUACAUCAGUCCUUGCCCAGUCUCUACCAUCAGUGGAGAAUGGUCAGACAAGGGGUAAUAUAGUAACUCACUGUUUCUGUCCGCAGUGUUUUUGUUUAUGUGUGGUACCUUUAUGGAAAUAUUUAAAAAAUGUCAGUAAUAGUACAGACACAGUGGACUGAUUAAAAAGUUGCAGUUGUGAUGGAAAUGAGCACAUAGUUGGAAGAGCAAAAUAAUUUGUGGAAUGUCCAAAGAGUAGAGCUACACCCCUGACUGACACAACUUUCAACCAUGAGAGACAACUUCUUCAACUGAGGAGUCCAAUCAAACAUGAGCGACAACACCUUCAACUAAAGAGGCUCAUCACAGUAUUUGAGAACUAUUUCCGUGAUGGGUCAGCGACUGAGUGAGGAGAGUGAUUCAGACCAGGAAAUUGAUGUUGCAGAGCUGCAGGACUGGUAUAAGAAGUUUGUGGUGGAGUGCCCAAGUGGAACACUCUUCAUGCACGAGUUCAAGAGCUUCUUCGGUGUUACUAACAACAAGGAGGCGGCCGAUUACAUUGAGAAUAUAUUUCGCGCAUUUGACAAGAACGGAGACAAUACAAUUGAUUUUCUAGAGUAUGUUGCAGCCUUGAACCUGGUCUUGAGGGGCAAGUUGGAACAUAAACUGAAAUGGACUUUCAAAAUGUACGACAAAGAUGGAAGUGGCUGCAUUGACAAGACAGAGCUGCUGGAGAUUGUAGAGUCCAUUUACACACUGAAGAAAGCCUGUCAUGGAGAACUGGAGCAGUGUAACCUCCUGACCCCAGAUCAAGUGGUCGACAGAAUAUUUGAACUGGUUGAUGAAAACGGAGAUGGGGAGUUGUCUCUGGAUGAGUUCAUCGACGGGGCCACGAGAGACAAGUGGGUGAUGAAGAUGCUGCAGAUGGACGUCAACCCUGGGGACUGGAUCAGUGUAUGGCGACGCAAGAGCUCUGGAGCGAGCUCUGAAGCUGAACCUCUGAAAUAAGUUUAUAGACUUCUUUCAAUCAAAAUUUGAAUCCAUCUACCAGCAGCUUCAACUAUCCUGUGCCCUGCCCCUGUGCCCAGGUGGUGGCUGACACUACCACCAUACCCAUGGGGACUAUGGACUCUUGAGCAGAGGGGGCAACCGUUGCUGUAAUACCCUCUCUCCCCAUAACCUGCACACCACACACCAUAACUUGUUGCUUCUUUUAUAACUUUCUUUGUUUUCUCUUUUGAAAUCCCUAAUGUGUACAUAUCUGCGCGUUUCUGUUCCCACUGAUGGUUAUGUGUGUGUUCUACUGACCAUGAUUUCAUUUUGUAUGUGCAGUGUAAAGUAAAAGUGACCAGUUUUCUCCAUCUCUAUAUGGUUGAAAGACAACAUGCAGUGGCAGAUCGUAAAGUUUAUUUUGCAAUUAUGUUUUGCUAGGG